CAGGCUGCCAGGGGCUUGAUGUGCUGCUCGCUGGCUCUCUCAGGGAUGGGUCUACUGGGGGCUCUAGCAGGGAUGCGGUGUACCUCCUGCAUCCGGGACAACGACCGCGUUAAGAGCCUCAUCCUCAUGGUGGCUGGAGGCAUGCAGUUACUGGCCUCUAUCUGUGUGUUCAUCCCAGUCUCCUGGACGGCUCACGCCAUAAUCCGUGACUUCUAUAACCCCUUGCUGAUCGACGCCCAGCGCAGGGAGCUGGGAGAGGCUCUCUACGUCGGCUGGGUGACCGGAGCCUUCCUCUUGACCUCUGGGCUCCUCUUCCUCUGUCGCCGCGUCCACUCCAACAAAGCCUCGUUCGAUAUCUACCACCCAGCCAACCGGAUCAACAAACCCACUCUGAUGCACUAUCAUCCUAUCUCCAGUGUUCUUAGCAUCGGAGCUCACCGCCAGCCCGGUCUGAUCCACCAACAAAGUCACAGCUUCGAUGCAUACCAACACCGCCAAGCUCCGAUUCUUCAUAACGUUCCUUAUGGACAACAAGGGGUCGUCGUGAACCCUCCUGCUGCUGUGACUAGCUUGAUGGAAAACAUCGGGCCGUCGGUCUAUCACCAUGGCAACGGACGCCAUGUUGACGGACGCCAUCCCUCCACCUCUAACAGCUCCAACUACGUCAGCAGCCUGUCCACUCUGGCUAACUCCCUACACAUCGGCCAACAGACUCCGUACUCAUAUAGCCACCUGACCGCUCCGUACGCCACAUAUACCGGUAGUCAACAGACAAAUCCAUACUCCUACAGUCACCCGGGAAACCUGUCCGUUUCGCACAACUCCAGUUUCCAAGCCGUACCUCAGAAUCCUGUUUUCAUCGGGUAUAAGGGCUCCAGAGUUCAACCGUCGCAGUCUCACCACAACGGAAGCAGUGUUGGUGUGUACAUCUGAAUAGACUGCAACGAGACCUGUCAUCUUCUGAUACUCACUAUACCUUUAAUCUACUCAAUACCCAUCCCAGAUCCGGGAUCAUUCUCAUCAUUCUCGCCCCCUAUUUCCAAGAGGUUUUAACAAAUGCAUCUCCUCUAUAUGGUUAUUUGAAUCACAUGGUAUCUUUUCUUAUUUUUUGAAAAGUUAAAUGUCUGUUUUGGUAUUCUGGUAAAACUGUAAUGUGUUCAGUGUAUGGGACAGUUAUAGCUGUGUAGAAUCUAGAAACUCUAUUCUACGUUUAUCUUCUGUUAUGUGAUUAUUCAUGUACCAUUUGGGUGUGUUUGUCAGCCUGCGGCUGGCGGUUUUAUAUAAGCAGCUGUCUUUUUGUCACCUUGACCUUACCUGUCAUGUGACCUCAGUAAACAAGAAGUUUGGUUUCUCCAAUAAAGAACAUCCUGUUUGAUUCUGCAUACGGGAGAGCCACUUCAAUACGAGGGGAUUUUCGUAGCAGGUUAGGAGAGCGUUUUCGCUAACCUUUUUCAUAAACUUAACCUCAGUCUUCUAUCCUGCUGUGUUUAUUCUCCUCACCUGCUGCGUAAGUUCCCCCUAACUUGCUACGAAAAAGUAUGUUCGUUAUUGAAGUGGCGUGAAAAGUGUUUCUCUUCUGCAUACGGUACCUUAGCUCUCUCCGUCAAGUCUUACGCCUUUGGUAGCAUUGUUGGUAAUAACGUAUUCUUUAACUACUUACCUCCUGUUGCCAACGGUUGUUUUUGAUUAACUUUGAAACAUUGAUAUCAUUAUUUUGGAGAGCUUGAUGAAACUGCUUAGUAUGACUCUAAUGGUUUAGGGCAUUUCCAUGUAAAAGGACCCAUGAGCACCAACAUGUCAAGUUCAUAGAAACAUGUCAAAUUGUAUGUCGAAUGAAAGCUAAGAGUCUAUAUUUUUGUUGAAAUAAAGACGUAUAUAAAAUAUUCAA